AUGCCUACCUCGACGCAGUGCAAUGUACUUCUCAGAGUGCACUAUUUUCACAUCAAAGAAAUCAUCAUGAGAUCCUGCCGGAAUAAACCUGAUCCCCAUGAGGAAUACCGCACAGUACAAAUUAUGGUGGACCUGUCAACGGCAACCUUACGACGCCGAAAAGCAUUCCAACCCAUCACUGAAGAACUGCGAGAACAAGGGAUCUGGUACAGUUGGGGAUACCCCACGAAGAUCCUGGUAACUAAAGAUGUCAGGACGAAAAUGAUCAGCACCCUAGUGGAGGACAUGCAGAUGCUCAAAGAGUGGGGUCUGUGCCUCCAUGGGCUGCAAGUACAACCUUACACAAUAUUUCUGUUAUAA